ACUUCCGGUUUAGCCUCCCUCUUUCUCCCUUAACAAAGAUGGCAGACGAGGCGACCCGCCGGGUGGUGGCUGCGUUGCCGCUGCUGAAAACGAACGCGGGGCCGCGGGAUCAGGAGCUGUGGGUCCAGCGGCUGAAGGAGGAGUACCAAGCGCUCAUUAAGUACGUGGAAAACAACAAGAAUGCAGACAACGAUUGGUUCAGGUUAGAAUCCAACAAGGAAGGUACCAGGUGGUUUGGGAAGUGCUGGUACAUCCACAGCCUCUUGAAGUAUGAAUUUGCUGUUGAGUUUGAUAUUCCAGUCACGUAUCCAUCCACUGCACCAGAAAUUGCUAUUCCAGAACUGGACGGCAAAACAGCCAAAAUGUACAGGGGAGGCAAAAUAUGCCUUACCGACCAUUUCAAGCCCUUGUGGGCUAGGAACGUACCAAAGUUUGGGCUAGCCCACCUGAUGGCCUUGGGGCUGGGACCUUGGCUGGCUGUAGAGAUUCCUGACCUGAUAUCAAAGGGGCUGAUUGAACACAAAGAGAAAUGAAGCUUCUGGGCCAGUUCUCUCAACAGCAGCCCCAGAUCUGUGAUAUUGACUGUAUUAUACUUCUGUGUCUGAUUUCUUCCUGUGGAUUUCUAGCCAGUCUGCAUCGUCUCCCUCUAAUAAUAAAACCACCCCAAAAAUAAUCCUGCCCUUCUCUAACAAUUACUUGCAGAGCACCAAGACAGAUAUGACCCAGUUAAUUUAUUUAGGAAUAGUACUUGCAGGCCCCUUUUUUAGAAAGCCAGAGAACAACACCAACUUAGAUGCUGCUUCUUAAAGUCCCAAAGUUGUUUACAGGGAUAUUGAAAACGUACAAUACAAACAGCUUAAAACAGGACCAGGGGGAUUGACGUCCUCAGGAAGACGUGCCAAGGUUUUCUUCCAAAUUAGGCAAGAAAAUGUCACACCCUGGAUACGCGAAGAGGUUGAGACAAAGAAUGGUUGGGAAUGGAUAGAAGCCGGGAGCAGCUUGCACAGAAUACCUGUGACCUCAUUUCUGAUUUAAUUCCUCUUUUUUUUUUAUUCGUUUCUCAACCAAGUUUUAAUUUUAUAUGUGGCAUCCAUUGGUGGAUUUCAGGGAUUUUGAUGGCUUAAAAAAAUUGUAUUUACCUGAAAGGAAGGCAUAGAGUUCCCCCCCAUCCCCAAAUAAUUUAAUGGGGGGAACAUAUUUCACUGGUCACUGGUCUGAGAUGGGCGGCUAUAUAAAUUAAAUUAAAUUAAUAUUUAACUUGCUGAGAACAUAAAAUACUAAACAGUGAGUUCUUCUCCCUACUGUUUUAUGAAGGGGAUUGUCUUACAUUCAGAUUUAUCUCUCUUUUCGGGAAAUAUUAUUGAUCAAGGUUGAAGCCUUAUUCUAAAGGACCAGGUGUUGGUUGCCAGUCAGUUUGUGGUUUGUCAGUUAUAGCUGAUGGCUUAGCAUGGUCAAGUCUGUUUUGAUUAUUCAAUAAACCAUGCUUCAAUA